AUGCCCCAACCAAUUCCUGGGUUGCCGGUACCUGAACCGUGUAUAUCUUUUUGGCAGCAAACCACCCGAUCGUUCCCUCAUCUCAACAUUAAUCGAGAUGAGCCAGUGCCUACAGAAUCUGCUUAUGUUGUAAUUGGCUCUGGAAUUUCCGGUGCUCUGACGACAUAUGAGCUGAUCGAAGGAGGCGUGCCGGCGGAAGACAUAACUAUUAUUGAAGCGAGAGAAGCCGCGAGUGGCGCGAGCUCGAGAAAUGCAGGGCAUGUUCGACCAGAUGCGUUCCGUGGAUUUCAAGUUUACCGCCAACUCCACGGCGUAGACCAGGCGCUUAAGAUUAUCGCCAACGAGAGAACUGUCUUGAAUAAAGUGCACGAGUUCGUAGAGAAACAUGGGGUACAGUGUGACUUUAACCCCACAACGACUUUCGAUGUAUGCUUGACACAGGAGUUCGCCGAUUUUAACGCAGAAAGUUUUAAGCAGUAUGAAGCGGCCGGCGGCGAUGUCUCACACAUCAAGUUCUAUGAUGGGGAGGAGGCAUGGAGGGUUACUCGCGUCGGGAAGGCUAUUUCUGCCUAUGAGUGGCCGGCCGGUUCAAGUCACCCGGCCAAGCUGGCCCAAUGGCUUCUUACGCAGUCAGUCAAAAAGGGCGUCCGGCUCUUCACUCAUUGUCCGGUGACUUCAGUGGCUAAGUCAGCUUCCUCCACCGCUUCCCAAACCUACUGGGACUUAUCAACGCCGCGAGGUAUAACCAAGGCUUCGACCGUAAUUCACUGCACCAACGCAUUCGCACCUUAUCUACUCCCUCACUUAUCGAGCUUCAUUACCCCUAAUCGCGCUCAGGCACACGCGUUUGUUCCACCGGCUCCGCUUAACUCUUCUAACAUCCUUCCAAGUACCAUGUCUCUUCGACAUACACUGAAACACUUUUACUCUGUUGCACAGCGCCGGCCCGAUGGAAUCAUCAUCCUCGGUGCUCCGAUAGCGAACCCGGUCAUCAGCCCGGAGGCAGCUGCCAGUCGCCUACUGCCGGAUGAUAGUUUCAUAAACGAGGAGGUGAAAGAAGAUGCCAUUAGGAAUUUUGAGGAGUGUUUCCCAGCAUGUGAGAAGGCAAAGCUUCUACAUGGAGAAGGGCUGUUGCAUGCAUGGACGGGAAUCGUUGGGAUGACUGCGGACUCUGUACCCUUUGUGGGGAAGAUAAAGAGCUUGCCUGGGCAGUGGAUAUGUGCUGGGUUCAAUGGCCAUGGCAUGGCAAGGAUUUUCACUUCGGCUCCUGGAGUAGCAAAGCUCAUUCUAGGUGGCUCUUGGGCUGAUACUGGAUUACCUGAAUGCUUCGAGAUAACAGAGGAGCGCCUGGAAAGACUUCAAAAGGGGGUCACUGAGUCCGUAUUUUAACAGACGAAGAAAAGCAUUCGGUAGCAUUGAUACUUACGAUCCCACUCGCCCCGCAAUCAACUACAGGCUAGUCAUGUUUGAGUAUCGGCAAGCGCCAGGUAACAUUAUGAAGACACGACAAUGUACAGAGAGGAUGUAACGUCGCCAGCCCUAGCUCAUUCCACGCAUCAUUGAGGAAUUUACCCUAGUACCUACUGUAUAGAACACUCCAGCUCCAACUUGAUUCUAUCUACCUAGUAUUCAUUUAUUAAAAUUGAAUGCUAUCGUGCUUGACACCUAAUCUAAAUACUCUUGUCAUUAAUACCCAUAAUGUGGUACCGCUUUCUCUUUGUGUUCCUUUUACUGGCCGUUCCUCGCUUCGAGGCCCACAAUGUCGAGCUCGCUGAUGAACGAGAGUUGCGGAGAAAGGAUGUCGACCACGAGACCGUUUCGGAUAAAGAAUCAACAAUAGAUAGAAUAAUUUCCCAAAUGACGGUUGAAGACAUUGGUGUGUUAUUUUCAAUUGCGAUACCUUGCUAGGUAGGUAUAUGGAAGUCAUCGACUAACAAGCUAUGGCGCGCCAAGUUUUACAGCUUCACCUCAUGUUUGGUGAUGAUAUAAUAGGCAU